AUGGCGUGGAUCAAAGCGCAGGAGGCAGGGUUCUCGCAUUGUGCUCUGAGAGCAAAGUACGAGUGCAAGUGGGUCGGCUUCUUCAACGUCGACGAGUUCUUCUACUUCCCUCACUACAGUGGCCAAACCCCCUUGCCAGGGCAGAACUCGCUCCGCGCCAUGGUCUCGAACUACACCGAUUUGCCCACGAUCGUGGAGGUGAGGACAAUGUGCCACAGCUUCGGCCCAUCGGGGCUGACUGAACCGCCGAAGCAAGGUGUGACGGUAGGUUACACUUGCAGGCUGCAGGCUACUGAAAGGCACAAGUCCUUCGUCUGA